CAUUCUCCACUCCCUCCACUUCCUCCUCCUGCUCCUCCUUUUUCCUUCUCUUCUUUCUCCUCUCCUGGAGCAGUAUGCUUUGCCUCCUGCCUCUAGCUCAAGCCUGACAAGAGAAAAUGGACAAAGAGGUUGGAAAAUCACCCUAAACUCUAAGGGAAACUAGCUGGCAAGCAGGCAGCACUGUGCAGGAGAGGCAGCUGUGGCAGACGGAACGCAGUCACCCCAAGUGGAAGCUUCGAGGGAAGGAGGCCCACAGAGGCUGGGCCCUCACAGGGUGGAAACCCCAGGGUUCUUCAUAGCAGGUAAGAACAGCAACAACGACGUUUAUGCUGGAUUCUAUCCUUGGGAGUCCGGAGGAGGACAUCACAGCUCUCUGCAAGAUCCCACCAGGCUGAUGAGGCGAAACAGACAUCCACCAAACUGCACCCAGGCGUGUGCUCUGCUUCCCUGUGACCGUCUACUACCUUCAUCGUGGCCCAGAGAAAUCUUCAGUGAUUCUGCACAGGUCAGAGCAACCUGUUUAUAGUCAUCUAGAGUUCCCAGGCACUCUUAGGACAAAGGACUCAAGUGGGCAGCAAAGCCUUACAUAGAGAAGCCGUUCCUCCGAUCUAUUUAUGCCGCUGUAAACACUUGCCAAAGAAACAAGGCAUGUGGGCAUGCGCCAGCCCGGCAGGCCCUCAGAUGGCUGCAAAAGGCAACUGGAAAGUCACAUGUCAUAACAGUGGAAAGUACAUAUGCGGCUAUUCUUAGCCCUGGAAUGUAUACACUGUCUCCCUGCCCGGCGGCCCUUGCACAGAGCUCUAGAAAACUGUGAAAGUGCCUUCAGCAUAAACAAAUCCAGAACUCUCCCAGGACAAAUCAUUUUCCAGCUGAAGGAAAGGCCUGGUUUUUAUGGUUUCACUCGGAGCUAGAGGUGGAAACUUUCUGGGGAAACAAGACAGACCAGGCAUCAGUGGAUGUCACCACACCAAAGCAAGGAUGGGUGAGGAGUCGCCAGACGGGCUGCUCUUCAAAGAUCACAACUUCUCAUCUGACCUGUUGAGGCAGCUCAAUGGCUUAAGACAAAACAGGAUCCUGACCGAUGUGUGCAUCUGUGCAGGCAGCUGGGAGGUUCCAUGCCACCGCAAUGUGCUGGCCUCCAGUAGCCCCUACUUCCGGGCUAUGUUCUGCAGCAACUUCCGGGAGAGCAGUGAGGCCAAAGUGCAGCUGAAAGGCAUCUCCUGGAUGGCUCUGGAGCAGGUGGUAACCUAUGUGUACACUGGGGAGGCACAUGUCACAGCUGGAAAUGUCCUCCCCCUGAUGGAGGCGGCAUCCAUGCUGCAGUAUCCCAGGCUCUUCGAGGCCUGCUCCUCCUACCUGCAGAGCCAACUGGCCCCCAGCAACUGCCUGGGCAUGAUCAGACUCUCAGAAAUCCUAAGCUGUGAGGCCCUCAAGAAGAAAGCCCAGGAGGUGGCCCUGACGUGCUUCCCAGAGGUGGCUGCAUCAGCUGACCUGAAGGAGCUGUGUGCUUUGGAGUUGAGAGACUACCUGGGAGAUGACAGGCUCUGUGGGGAGGAGGAGAAGGUGUUCGAGGCCCUCAUGGCUUGGGUCAGGCACGACCUCCAGGCCCGGAAGCGCUACCUGCAGGAACUGCUGCAGCAGGUCCGGCUUCAGUACGUCCACCCGGCCUUCUUCCACCACUUCAUGGCCAGUGAUGCCCUUCUUCAGUCCUCACCUGCAUGCCAGGCCUUCCUGGAGGCAGCCAGGAGGCAGGUAUUCUCUCUGUGUGGCACCAGCGCCCCCGACUGCAGACCCCUGUGGCACAUCCCUCCAAGGAGCUCUUACCAAGACUUCCUCAUCCUUGUAGGUGGCAGGAAGGACAAUCAGCAGACCACCAGGGACGUCCUGCUCUACAGUGCCCAGACCGGAGAAUGGCAGAGCCUGGCCCAGCUUCCCACCCGGCUGUACAAGGCCUCAGCAGUGACCUUGCACCGGAGCAUCUAUGUGCUGGGCGGCAUGGCUGUCAGUGCAGGCAGAAGUCUGGUCAGUCACAAUGUCUACAUCUUCUCCUUGAAGCUCAACCAGUGGAGGCUGGGAGAGCCCAUGCUGACAGCCCGAUACUCCCACAGAAGCACAGCCUACAAGAAUUUUAUCUUCUCCAUUGGGGGCCUAGGGGGCGGACAGGAGCUCCUGGGCUCCAUGGAAAGAUAUGACAGCGUCUGCAACAUCUGGGAGAGUAUGGCCAGCAUGCCUGUAGCGGUUCUCCACCCAGCUGUGGCUGUGAAGGACCAGAGGCUCUACCUUUUUGGGGGAGAGGACAUCAUGCAGAACCCUGUGCGCCUUAUCCAGGUUUACCACAUUGCCAGGAACACGUGGUUCAAGAUGGAGACGAGGGUGGUGAAGAACGUGUGUGGCCCUGCGGUCCUGCUCGGGGAGCGGAUUGUCAUCGUGGGAGGUUACACACGGAGGAUCCUUGCUUAUGACCCUCAGUCCAACAAAUUUGUCAAAUGCGCAGACAUGAAAGACCGGAGGAUGCACCAUGGGGCCACCGUGAUGGGUGACAAGUUGUAUGUGACAGGCGGUCGGCGGCUGACCACAGACUGCAGCAUCGAGGACUCGGCCUCCUUUGACUGCUACGACCCCGAGACGGACACCUGGACUUCGCAGGGCCAGCUGCCUCACACACUCUUUGACCAUGCCUGCCUGACUCUCCAGUGCAUACCCUACAUGUCCACCCACUCGUGAGCUCCACAGACUUGUCUUAGUCAAAGUGCUUUCGGUUGCAAGGGACAGAAACUUGGCUCCAAAGAGCUGACCCAUACAAGGAUGCAGGGACCACUUGCAGGUCUGAAGGUGCCAGAACCUGGGUGCCUGGAGCCAAGUGCUGUGUGGUCAGGGCUCUCCCACUACCCCUUCCCUCCCUCUCUACCUCAUCUGUCAGGCUUCUUUCUGCCUCUGACCUUCUUUCUCCACAGAAAGUAAGGACAAUGGCACUGAUAAACCCCAGCGCACAAUCUCUAGCUCUGCGUCUUCUGAUAGAGAACUUUGUUCUCCCAUUACCCACAAAUUAAACCUAAGGACCCUUUCUGUCUCCCAUGCCUGCCUCCUGAGCAUUGUUGCCUGGGAUUGGGCUACCAUUCCUGGUGCAUCCUGGACCACGUCCCGUGGGCAGAGGCAGGGUUAGCUCUAUUAAUUACCAGCCCAUGUAAACUAAAUCUCGUGGGAAUGAAACAGUUCCCCAAAGGAAGAAAUUCUAGGCUGAUUAAAAAAAAAAUACCUCUGCCCAGAACACCAUUGAAAUCUGGAACAAGAGAGUUGAGAGACACAAGAGCACCUCCAGAUGCAGUUAGUCCGGGUGGCAGUGUGAGAAUUUUGCCAUGAUUAUGUUUCUCUGCUUUCUAUGGAUGUAAACAUUGAAAUUCCAAAGAAGUACAUGCAAUUUGGUAUCCAGUGUUUGCAAAAUUAUCUUGCACUGCAAGAUACAAAAACAGAAUAGAGUUUGUUUCUGGUGCCAAAUGUU